UGCGUUGUAAUCAUUUUCCGGUAGAGGUGGUAAACAAUAAUGCGUUAUGUAGUCUAAAGGAAAGAUAUCCGCCAAAUUUCUUUUUUGAAAAUCUGCACAAGAAGAUAAAAAUAUGGUAUUCAGUGCAUUAAAAUGUUUUGUUGAGUGAUCCGUUAGGUUGGAUUGAGGGUUUUUGACCGAAGAUGAUUUGGUUUUCAACGUUUUAUCUGCAACUCAAUAUAGUGGAUCUGCUGGAGCUUAGAACAAUCAGAGAUUAAUGCUAUCUUAUGACCCUUCUUUCUCACUAGACGAGCCAGAAAGUUUAGGCAACCAUUACUGGUUUAGAAGGGUUGUAAAGAACAUUGCAGAUAGCUGCCACACAGGUAGACAAAAGCAACAUUGUUGUUGGCAGAGGAACUCUUCACCACUAAGGUCCAGGCCCUCCAUUUGGAGGACAGAGCUCUUGACCCAACUUUUGUGAACAACAUAAAAUAACUAUGAGUAAUCAAACAGUGAAAAACACUAGUUCUUUACUGGGAGCAAGUAGCUCGACACCAGCUUCAAGCAACAGAUCAUCCAUAGACUCCAAACCCACAGCAUUAAAUUUGACAUUUCCAAACCUGACUGCUUUAGCUAACCAAUCUGGACCAUCUCCUAAAAAGAAGGUUAAGUUGGAGGAGAUGCCAGCCACAACACAAGAAAUAGCAAAUCACAGGAAAUUGAUAUUGGAUUUAAAGUAUAAGAGUAUGUUGGAUAUAAAAGAACCUUACAUUGAUAACCUGACAGAAAUGUAUUUUCUGCAAAAUGGAGGAAAUUUGAUGGAUUUUCAUGGAUGGAAAAAAAGACCAACCCCUCAACUUGUUCAGUUUUUGAAAUCUGGAUGUUUGGAUAGUGAUGAUGAAGAAGAAAGUAGUUUAGAGCGAAAAAUCAAUAAUGAGGUUAAGGUUAUUACAUGCAGUGGAAGCAAUAUACCAUUAGCUACACCUGUAGCUAUAUCAACAACAUUACCACCAUCAGUUGCUGCUCUGAAUCAACAAGCAGGGUUUGAUCUGCGACGUCCAGGGGGACGACAUGGGAUGAUUUUUGGUCAUGUGCAGCACCUUUCACAGACUCCUACUAUUGUCCCUAUUCUUCAAGCAAGUCCCAUCAUUCUGCCAGGUUCAGUGACUGCUGACAGCAUAACCUCAAAGAGUGCUAUUCAGGCAAUUCCACAAGCAAAGACUGUGAACACAACCAUUGUGACAACUGUAGCGAGUUCAACUGUGUCAAUGCCACAGCUCCACAGUCAUCUAGCCAAGGCCAUAACAGAGAAUAAAUCUUCAGUAGUACAGACAUCCUUGACAGUUUCAGCAGUAGUCACAUCAUCCCCAAAAAUUACAGCAUCCACAUCAGUGUUACAAACCACCAAGUCCCCACCUAUAUCACCAAGUCUUCAACAGUCCAAGGUUCCCAUAAUAUCAGGUGUUUAUGAUGGAACACCAGGGGUAGGGACACAAGAAGCAAUUGUAAAAAGAGCAAAACAAGAAGCACAAGUGAUGCAGAGAGUAGCAGAAUUGAGGAAAGAGGGAUUAUGGUCAACCAGAAAACUUCCCAAGGUACAAGAAUCUCCAAGAAACAAAGGCCAUUGGGAUUAUUUGCUAGAAGAAAUGCAGUGGUUGGCUGCUGACUUUACCCAAGAAAGAAAAUGGAAAAAGGCAGCCGCCAGAAAGGUUGCAAAAAUGGUAUCAAAAUAUUUCCAAGAUCUUGAACAGAGAGAAAUUAAAGCAGAGAAAGAAGAGGCUUUGAAAUUGAAGAAAAUCGCCAGUCAAUUGGCCAAACAAGUGCGAGAAUUUUGGAGCAAUAUUGAAAAGGUGGUCCAGUACAAAGCACAGGCAAGACUUGAGGAAAAAAGAAAAAAGGCAUUAGAUUUACAUUUGAAUUUUAUUGUGGACCAGACAGAAAAGUACUCUACGUGGCUUACUGAAGGUUUGAAAAAGGAAGGGGGGUCUUUAGGGAGUGGAUCCAAUGUUGUGACUCCAUCUCACAGUGAUGUUGGAGAUGAUGAAUUCAAACCAUUGAAAGAUGAUGUAUCUGAUGAUGAGGAAACCAUUGAAAGGGAAGAGGCUGAAUUGGACCAACUUAAUUCCAAAGCAGAAUUGGAUGCUUUGCAAAAGGAGAGUGAACUUCCCAUUGAAGAGCUUCUAAAAACAUUGCCAAAGGAAGUUCUAGAACACCCUAUAUCAGAAUCCAGUGAUAAAGAUGAUAAGAAAGAUACAGAAUUCAAAAUGACUGAAGACGAAGAAAAAGAUGAGGAAGAAACAAUAGCAGAGCAGGAAAAUUAUGAAAAGAGAAUUGAUUAUUCCAAGGAAUUAAUUGAUCUGAAGGAUGAGGGUGAAAUGACAAUGAAGGAACUCUAUGAAAAGUAUGCAGGGGCAUAUGAUAGUGAUUUUGAAAUACCAGAGGAGGAAGGAGACAGUGGAGAUGAAGAUUCAUCCCAAGAGGAGGAGGAGGAGGAAGAGGAAAGUGAUGAAGAUGAGGAAGAAGAAGAGAUUUUGGAGGAAGAUGAAAAAGAAGAUAUUGGUUUGGAGUUUCUGACAAAAAAAGAUGAUGAUUCAAAAUCAAUGGGUGAUUUUGAUCAAGAUGGACCGGGAAAGGAUAUCAGUGACAUUGCUGCACAGGCUCAAAGUCUUCAGCCGAAAGGAUACACACUGGAAACAACAACUGUGAAGACAGCAGUUCCAUUUUUGUUAAAACAUUCUUUGAGGGAAUAUCAACAUGUUGGAUUAGAUUGGCUUGCCACUAUGUAUGAGCAAAGGUUGAAUGGAAUUUUGGCUGAUGAAAUGGGCCUUGGAAAAACUAUCCAGACAAUUGCAUUGCUAGCUCAUUUAGCAUGUGAAAAAAGUAUAUGGGGACCCCAUUUGAUUGUUGUUCCUACCAGUGUUAUGUUGAACUGGGAAAUGGAAAUAAAAAAGUGGUGCCCUGCUUUCAAAAUACUCACAUACUAUGGAACUCUAAAGGAAAGGAAACUGAAGAGACAGGGUUGGACCAAAACCAAUGCCUUUCACAUUUGUAUAACAUCUUACAAACUUGUUAUACAGGACCAUCAGUCUUUUAGAAGAAAAAAGUGGAAAUAUUUUAUUUUGGAUGAGGCUCAGAAUAUCAAAAACUUUAAAUCCCAAAGAUGGCAAACUCUACUGAACUUCCAAAGUCAGAGAAGGCUGCUUUUGACUGGAACUCCUCUCCAGAAUAGUUUGAUGGAGUUGUGGUCUCUCAUGCACUUCCUUAUGCCACAUGUCUUUCAGUCUCACAAAGAAUUUAAAGAAUGGUUUGCUAACCCUCUCACAGGAAUGAUAGAAGGAAGUCAUGAAUAUAACGAAAAUCUUAUCAAACGACUCCAUAAGGUAUUGAGACCAUUCCUGUUGCGAAGAUUGAAGCAAGAUGUGGAAAAACAAAUGCCUAAGAAAUAUGAACAUGUUGUUAUGUGUCAUCUUUCUAAGAGACAGAGAUACUUGUAUGAUGAUUUUAUGUCUCAGACCAAAACUAAAGAAACUUUGGCAACUGGACAUUUCAUGAGUGUCAUAAACAUUUUGAUGCAAUUAAGGAAAGUCUGUAACCAUCCCAGUCUUUUUGAUCCUAGACCAAUUGUAUCGCCAUUUAAAACAGAAGGCAUAAACUACUGUGUUCCAUCUUUGGUGCUGAAUUGCUUGAAUUACAAUCCAUUUAAGGAAAUUGAUUUACAUUCUCUGUAUCCAUGUUUGGCUGAAAUGGAGUUGAAUCUACCAGCAUUUGUGGCACAUAGGGUGAAAAAGUUGCAGAUUAAGAAAACAUUGAUUGAAGAGAUACAUAGUCAACCUGAGGAUUAUUCAAGACCUCCAUGUGGCAAACUUAAACAAGUUGUCCUCAAGACUGGAAGAGCUUCUCCCUCUGCUACUGGAAGAUCAAGUCCUGAUUCACCUGUUCAAACUGGCCUAAAGACCGAAACAGCAAAUGGAGUUCCCAUUAAGAACAUACAAACUCCAGGUCUAAGUGCUUUACCUGCCACUAGUUCACUGUCAACAAGCAAAGUUCAGGCUCAGUCAGUUGGACAGACUGGAGUUCAGCAGCCUCUUACUGUUCACAUCCAGCAAACAGAUCAAGGAGCACGUCUCAUGAUUCCUGCUGGGCAACUCUCUCAAUUACCAGCUGGUUUCAUACAAAUUGUUCAGACUUCCACUGGGCAGCAGAUCAUAGCCACAUCUUCUCCUAUGUCUACAUCUAGUCAAAUAUUGGCCAGUAUUCCUACAUCCUCUGUACAAGCUCUAAGUGUGACGACCACCACUACCUCAUCAUAUGUUGUCAAUGGACCCCCUAUAAUAACAACAGUGGCCUCCUCCACAUCAAGCACUUUGGUUACUAGUGUUAAUGCCCAGGUGAAGACAACUCCAGCUGUACAGCUGCCAUCAAUCACCUCUGCAGGAGUUGCAUCUAGACCAGUAAUGAGGGUAUCACCACUGUCCUCUCAAGCUCCUAAUUCAACCACCAAGGAUUCAUCUGUUUCCAAGCUGUCCAGAGCUGAAGUAACCACAACUACCGUGUCUCUUGGGUCUAAAACAUCAGUGUUACUGUGUGAUGAUGUUCGUUACAAAAGUUCUCCAUUUUAUAUGGAGUCUUUGACAUCAAAGUUGCAAAAGCUUAGAGAGCAGAAAUUGGACUUUCUAGCCAAGAUAAAUAAAAGGAGGUGUGAAUGUAGGCCUGUAUAUGGAGAAGAUUUGUGUAAUGCUGUGGAUGCCUUUAAAGAUAUGAACAAAACUUCUGUGAAGAAUAAUACAUGGAAGGGACUUGGUAUGGCAUAUUGUCAUAAUAUGAAAUCUUGGAGAAAUCCAAAUCAUCCUGAUAUUUAUUGGAAACAAACAACAGUGCUGUCAGAACUAGUUAAUUCCCCAAUGGAAUUUUUACAGCAAAUGAACGAUAUUCUUACGAGGUUUGUGUUUGUGACACCAUCAAUAGUUUCACCACAGAUACAGCUUCAUGCUUCACAUCCUUCUCCAUCCUACCUCAGUGAGCAAAGGAGAACAGAGUUCUGUCUGAGACAACACAUUUCGUCACAAACAGACUCCCUUCAUUUAAUCUCAUCAAAAAUGACUGUCCAGUUCCCUGAGCUACGAUUGAUUCAGUAUGACUGUGGAAAGUUGCAAGUGAUGGAUAUUCUGUUAAGACAACUUAAGUCGGGAAGCCAUAGAGUGCUGAUAUUCACUCAGAUGACCAAAAUGUUGAACAUUCUUGAAGCCUUUUUGAAUUACCAUGGUCACAGGUAUCUACGACUUGAUGGAACCACAAAGGUUGAGCAAAGACAGUUUCUUAUGGAACGCUUUAAUGCAGACAAGCGUAUAUUUGCUUUCAUUUUGUCAACCCGAUCUGGAGGUAUUGGAGUAAACUUGACAGGUGCAGAUACUGUUAUAUUUUACGACAGUGACUGGAAUCCUACAAUGGAUGCCCAGGCCCAAGAUAGGUGUCACAGAAUUGGACAAACUAGGGAUGUUCAUAUCUACAGACUGAUCAGUGAACGUACUGUAGAAGAAAACAUCUUGAAGAAAGCAAACCAAAAGAGAAUGCUUGGGGAUAUGGCUAUUGAAGGGGGCAAUUUCACUACAGCCUUCUUCAAAGAGCAGACCAUUCAUGAACUAUUCACAGAACCAUCAGGACUUGAAAGUUUAGCAGAUGAAAUAUCCAAAAAAGAGAAGUCGAAAGAGGAAGUGACUGAAAAAUCAGAAGAGACAAAUGCAGGAGGAGAUGCUGUAGAAGAAUAUAGAGUGCAAUCAGAAAAAAACAUCAUGGCUCAGUUCGAAAAGGUUCUGGCAAAGGCUGAAGACGAGACCGAUGCACAAGCAACUGAUCUUGUAAAAGCUGAACAGAAAGCAGAAUUGGCAGAGUUUGAUGAAGACAUUCCAUGGGAUGAGAGAGAAGCUGAACUUAAAAAAGAAGAGGAGCUCUCCAAAGUGGAACAAGAAAUUGCUAUGUUAGACAAAGAGCUUACUCCUGUUGAGAGAUAUGCAGUCAACUUCAUUGAAAUUGAGACUGACCCCAUGGAGGAGUUAGAAAUUGGAGAGGAUGACAUAGAGAAUGUAAAAAAAGACUGGGAACUUGGAAGACUAAAGGCAUUAAAAGAGGAAGAAGAGAGACGAGCAGAACUAGAAGAGGAUGAAAUGUUGUACAUUUAUUCAAGGGAUGAUGCAUACAACCAGGUCUUCCUUUCUGAUAUUGACCAGGAGAAAAUGCCUAUGUGGGCACCGCCAACACCACCACAUGAUGAUAAUGAUAUCUACAUAGACCAGAGCCUCUUGUUUCUAUAUGAACCGAAUGUCAUGCCAGAGACCCAACUUCCACCUGUGUACAUUAAGAAAGAACACAAGAAGCCCAAAAUUGAAUCAAUCACCACUCGCCAAAAGAAACAGAGGAAAGAGGAGCAAACGCGUGUACCAAGGUCCUUAUUUGACCGUCCUACAGCCCAGCUGUUGAAGAUUCGAAGAGAGCACAAACAGAAAAGUGGUCUUCUUAAGCCUUUCCGACCUGUGCCCCCUCCAAUUGUCAAACCCAAUGCAGAUUCUUCAGAUCACCCGGAGUGGCUAAUCCAUGAAGACUGGGCUCUACUACAGGCUGUACAGAGCCUGUUUGAUGUUCCUUUGAAUCUGAUGGUUGUUUCUCCUGCUCAUCAUCCAAACUGGGAUCUGGUAGCUGAUGUGGUGAACACAUGCAGUCGUGUGUAUCGUUCAGCUAAGCAGUGCAAGAACAGAUAUGAGAAUGUGAUUAUUCCUAGAGAAGAAGGUAGGAUUCUGUACGAUAUCAACCCAAGGAAACAGAGUAAAAAGACAAAAGGAAUAUACAAGACCAAAAACAAUCGCCCAAUGAGGACCAGUCAAUUGCAUAUCCAGGAUAACAGCCAGGCUGUGACUAUGCUUUACUCUUUCCGUUUCGAGUCAGCUAAACAGAUAGCUGCCAAGAGACCACCACCUCUGAAACAAACUUUGGUCAAUCCUACCCUUAAAAACCCAAAACAUGCCUCUGUGCUGUCAGAGAACAACAUCAACUAUGACCAACCCUUAAAUCCCAUGAGUGUGGCUGAAAUCCGUGCUCAGCGAAUACAACGAGAGAAGAAGCAGAAUCAGGUAGCAGCUCAGGCAACUGCAGACCAACAAUUAACAGUUCAGAGGACUGGUGCUCAGGGUACGGCAACCACUGGUACCACUGUAGUACACCAGACAACACCAUCCAUGACAGUGACAUCUGUUGCACAACCUGUUCAAACAGCAGUUGUCUCCUCAACUGUUCUGACAGGUGUAGUACAGAAAGCAGCAAUUGGACAAGUAUCAGUGUCUCUGCCGAGGACUGCCUCAGGGAAUAUUGUGGUUAACACCCAGGGAGGAGUGCCUACCAACUUCGCUGCUAUCAACAGAAGAAUGAGUCAACAAGCCACAUCAAUAGCGCAACCAGCAACUGUGACUGUUGCUGGCUCACUAACACCAGCCAAUAUUAGGACUCAGAGAACUGCAGCUCCCCUAACAAUACAAGAGAUAACCGCAAUAGCCUCACAGCCCCAGGUCACUACCUCCAUUUCUACUGGUCAACAGGUAGCCAGGCCACAACUGCAGACUACUGUAACAGGUGCCCAACUGGCAGCAGUUCAAAGAUCUAGCACAGGUCAGCAACUGACACAACAGACAGUUACGAGGAAUCUGACCCCUCAACAGUUGCAACAGUUACAACAGAGACAGCAGAAUCUGAUUAAUCAACAAAAGCUACAGAGUCAGCAACAACUCAGAAUGCAGAAACUUAAUCUUACACAACAACAGUUAAAGCAGCUCCAGCAACAACAACAAGGCAGGGGUCCAAAAGUGAUUGCCUCCGGACUUGUUGGUCAGCUAACAUCGAUUCCAGCACAGGUACAGCACAUAACCCAGUCUGCCAGUGUGGCUGGUACUUCUGGCACACAGCUGGUCAAAACUGUGUCUGCUCCUGUAGGAGGAGUACAGAUUCCUGUUAGUACUGUCAAUAUCAAUGUCAGUGUUCCUCAGCAGAAAGGAGUCAUUGGUAAGGCUGCUUCUGUAAGCCAGCUUCCACAAGCCAAAAUUCAACACAUUCAACAAAUACAGCAGAUAAGGCAGCAACAAGGGAUAAAGCAACCACAAAAAAUCACUUCAGUUGGUCAACAAGUUGGAAAAGGUCAAAGUUUCCCACUGAAUGCUGUCCAGAUCAUUCAGCAGCCAGCUUCAGGGUCUGGUGGACGACAUCUCACCUACUCUCUUCAACAAUUCAUGCAACAAAACAAAGGCUCUGGUAUGAUCAUAACAUCCCAACCCAUCAUCACCACAGUUACCCAGAGCCAGCAACCGCAAGGACAAAUGGUCACUAAGGUUCUUGGUAGCUCAGCUGUUCCUACAACUCACCUUCAGACCCUGUCUGCCACCCCUAUCUCUGUAACCCAUGUGUCAGCAGUUCAGGCCUCUAAUGUGACAGCCCAACCAACAGCCAGUACCAUCAGUAUAACUGGAGUAGGAAGCCAAGCAGGUAAACCGUUGACUGUAAAUACAGUGGCUCAGGAUGGUAGCACAGGCACCACUAUUCAAGUACAACCUUCACCAAGUGCAACACAACUGGGGUCUCAGACAACUACACAACAAUUAAUACCGCAGCAGAUGGUGCAACAGGUGUCUGUAACUUCCCACACAGCCCAGAAAAUCUUGACACAGACAGCCCACCAGAUACAGGUUACUCCAGGAACCAUUCAACAAGUGCAGUCUGGCAAUAUUGCACAGGUUGUUUCUGCUACACCGACUGCUGUUACUGUAACCAUAACCCCAGCAGCCCAGUCUAACCUCGGCACAGGCACACUGCUACAGCAACCAGUAGUGGUGACACAGGCCACUACCCAGCCCAGCACUGUAACAUCACAAGCAGCGUUAGCAGCUGCAGCAGCCUUGCCAACAACAACAUUAACAGUUGCUUCUGCUGUACAGUCCUUAUCUCAACCUCAACAGACCCAGGCCACUCCAUGUGCAGCGAAACCUUCAGCCCCUUAUGCCAUGAGAACUAGAAAUCAUCCCAAAACAUAAUGUUACUUGGUCAACUUAUUACUUUUGUGACUAAUAUUUCUUCUGGUGAUGGCUACACUACUUAAAAUGUAGAGACCAUGUUGUGUAAGGUUUAGAAUAUUGUUGUAAGGAAAUGUACACAUGCUAAUUAUUAGUGAAUUGAUAUGGUAUUAUGUCCUUUUAGCUCACCUGAGCUGAAAGCUCAAAAGAGCUUUUCCGAUCACAUUUGCUGUCUGUCUGUAAAUUCACAGUUUCACCAUCUACUCCCAAAUUACUGGGCCAUUUCAACUUACUAGUAACUUGGCACAAAGCACCCUUAGACAAAGGGGAUUCAAAGUUGUGAAAAUUAAGCAUCAAUUAGUCUUAUAAGCUGAAACUUAUUUGGAAGCAUCCUCAGGUAGUGUAGAUUCAAAGUUGUGAAAAAUGACCCUAGAGGGUAGUGUGUGGCAACAUUUGGGGGGGGGGGAUGGUCGAGGUUUUUUACAUAGGAAUAAGUGAAAUAAAUUUUAAAAGUUCUCCUCAGAAACCAAUUAGCCAGAAAAGCUGAAACUUUUGUGUGGAAGCAUCCUCAGACAGUGUAGAUUCAAAGUUUUGAAAAUCAUGACUCCCAGAGGUAGGGUUGGGCCACAAUAUGGGAGAAGGCAUUUUUUACAUAGGAAAAAAAUUAAAUUAUUCUUGCAAACUUAAAUGUUGUAAUUAACGGUUUUACUAAAAUGCGAGCAUCUUGACAUCAUUAAUUCUCGAUUGCUUAGAACUUCGAGAGUUUUUGGCCCCACAAGGAGCUUAAUGUUGCUCAAGAUCAGCAAGAUGUUGCUGAGAACUGAAAUAUUCAUUGUGUGAUAUGAUUUUGAAACAAUCCUGGUCAAAAGUAGCUCAAAGUUCAACACAAUAAAAUCUGAAGAAAAAAUUGAAAACCGUUUUACAUGUACAUGUAUAUUUUUAUUCUACAAAGUUGACCAGACAUUUUUAUAUGACUCCAUAAAUCUGAUUUCCUUAGGGCUAUUGUUGCUCUUGUGAGAGAUGUGGCUCAUGGGCCUCUUGUUUAAUAAAAGAAUUUAGCCAUAGUAAUUUCAAAAGUGGAUGUGUAUAUGAAAAUAUUUUGAUUUGAUUAUGUAUAUUUAAAUAACAAAGGACUAUAAUCUGAAAUAUACAUGUAUAUAUAAAUUGUUUUAAUAAAUUCGGAUUUUUAAAAAUUUA